GUUUUGGUAGAAUUAUGAAAGAUGCCCAAAUUUGCACAAAUAGUAAUGGGACCUGCAGGCAGCGGAAAGAGCACAUAUUGUGCAAUGCUGGAGGAACACUUCAGAGCAUUAAAAAGGCGAUGUUUUAUUGUCAACUUUGAUCCUGCAGCUGAGAAUUUUAAAUAUUCUGUGACUGUUGAUGUUCGGGAGCUGGUUCAGCUAGAGGAUGUUAUGGAAGAUGAUGAUCUUAAGUUUGGACCUAACGGAGGACUUAUCUUUUGCAUGGAAUAUGUCAUGAAGAACUUGGAGUGGCUGAGGGAUAAUCUGGAGGCUCAGGAUGAUGAUUAUUUUAUUUUUGAUUGUCCAGGUCAAAUUGAGCUGUACACUCACCUGCCAGCAAUGAAACAACUCACUGAGACGUUGCAAUCCUGGGAUUUCCGGAUUUGCGGAGUGUUUUUAGUAGAUGCUCAAUUUUUGGGUGAUCCAAGUAAGUUUGUAUCCGGUGUUCUCUCAUCAUUAUCCUGCAUGGUGAAUUUGGAAAUACCACACAUAAGUAUCAUGUCUAAACUUGACCUAUUGCCCAAGCGCUCAAAGAAACAAAUUAGAAAAUACCUCGACCCAGACAUGAUAGCAAUUGCAGACUCUGAGGAGUCUCAAUCAUCAUACCAUAGCAGGAAAUUUAGUAACCUGACCCGCGUAAUAUGUGAACUAAUUGAUGAUUACGGCAUGGUCCGAUUUUUACCACUGGAUCGUUCCGAUGAAGACUCUAUUGAUAUAAUACUCCAAAAUAUUGACAUGUCUCUUCAAUAUGGGGAGGAUCUGGAGGUCCAGGAUAAGGAUUUUGAUCAGGAUUUACCGGAAUCCACAGAAUAACUAUUUUGUCUGUGUUAACUUGCACUGCCAAGUAUGUUUUAUUGGUUUUAAUCAGAUCAAUGUCUCAUAUUCAUUAAUUUACUGUUAACAACACAUGAAAUUAAUUAAACUUCACAAGUUUAAGUAGCCAACCACAAGUUUAAUUACUAACUAAAACUGUUUGAUUGAUGCUUCAGGUAAUAAUCACCAGUACCCAAACC